AUUUCAGUUGAAUAAGUGCCAAGUGACCGAGCAGAAGUCACUCUGCUCUCCUCUCGUGUGUUGAAGAAACCUCUGCACUCUCAAACCCUAGGCCUCUCCUAAGCCCACACGGUGACUUUGGUGGUGGCACCAAAAGCUUACAACCUAGACGACGCGUAUUAACUUUCCGCUAGCUCUAGCUCUGUUGGUUAACUCGGCCGCAAAGCAGAGACACUCCUCGCUUGUUAACAGUCGGUGUACAUAUUCGUCAAGUGUUGGACGCGAAAGAGCAGAAGAGCUGAGCUGUGUAUUAAUCUUUCUGUGCUUCGGAGAAGAUCCGGGUUUCCACUACUCCGAGUUUCAGUUCGUUGUUUAAUUCGUGAUUAAUUGUGUUAUUUAUCGAGAAAAAACAUUCUUUAUUUCGUGUUAUUGUUACGUGAUUAUUUUAUUCGCCAAACGCACAUUCUACCGUCUGUUAAGUUUCAGUAUUUAUACGCAACCGCAAGUGCCUUUAGUAUUACAAUUCGUUUAUUUUCCCAACCUGUGCAACCUGUUUUGGAUAUUAGUCAGGUUCUGCCAUCCCAACAAUAGUAAUAAAGGAAAAAGUUUCAAACUCAAGUCAACAAACAAAACAUCUUUAAGAAGCCCACACCAACACACAAACACGGGCAAAAAGUGAUCUAUCUACCACUCCACAAUAAUCCGUAUUCGUUGUCGUCGUCGGCCUUUUGGAAAAUCUUCCAGACGUCGUCCAGCGUGUCAGUGAGUGCGCGAUUGUUAUACAUUUGUGUGGUUUUUUUACUCAAUUCUUUUUCAACAGAAGACGAAGACACAAGGAGAAAGAAAAUCGAAAAGAAAACGGCAACGAGCCACACACAGCAAAAUAAGAAAUAAGAGUUCUGGUGGAAUAACAAAAAAAAACCUAAAGUGCGCGAGAAACACCCGAAUCAAGGAAGAGCAAGUGAGCAAACCUCCCCAAAGGGAGAAGACAUCAGCCAGUGACUUGUUUUCGUGCCUGUGAGCCUCCCGGAAAGCGCGCAGAAAGUGAGUGUCCAGAGAGAAGGAGAAGAAUCGUAGAAACCCGUCGUAGGCACAACUUCGAAGACCAAGCACGACUUUUCGGAGUUUUAAGUUUUCGUUGUUCGCUGUUGUUACUGUUGUUAUUGUUGCAUUUUGUCGCUUUGACCACGGUCAAGUCGAGGAUCGCCUCCAACACCACCAUCAUCAUCGCCAACGACAGCAGCACAGAUUGAAAGAUGGCAGAUGAUUUGCGGGAUCGCAACGACCCGGAGCUGAAGUAUCUCUCCGUGGAGCGCAACUCCUUCAACGAUCCGGCCACGCAAGCCGAGUGGACACAGAAGCGGCUCGUCUGGGUGCCGCAUGAGACACAGGGAUUCGUCGCGGCCAGCAUCAAAGGCGAACGUGGCGAUGAGGUCGAGGUGGAGCUUGCCGAAACGGGCAAGCGCGUCCUUGUGCUCAAGGACGACAUCCAGAAGAUGAACCCGCCCAAAUUCGACAAGGUCGAGGACAUGGCCGAGCUCACCUGUCUGAACGAGGCGUCCGUGCUGCACAACAUCAAGGACCGAUACUACUCCGGGCUGAUCUAUACAUACUCCGGACUGUUCUGCGUGGUGGUCAACCCGUACAAAAAGCUGCCCAUCUACACCGAAAAGAUCAUGGAAAAGUAUAAAGGCAUCAAACGGCACGAGGUACCGCCACACGUAUUCGCCAUCACAGACACCGCAUACAGAUCGAUGCUGCAAGAUCGAGAAGAUCAGUCCAUCCUGUGUACGGGCGAGUCCGGUGCCGGUAAGACCGAAAACACAAAGAAAGUGAUACAGUAUUUAGCGUACGUUGCAGCAUCCAAACCGAAGGGAUCCGUUGCGCCGUCGCCAGCACUUAUAAUUGGUGGUCACUCAUCAAGCCUAUCGGGAGAACUGGAACAGCAACUCCUGCAAGCCAAUCCUAUCCUGGAAGCCUUCGGUAACGCCAAAACCGUGAAAAACGACAACUCGUCGCGUUUCGGUAAAUUCAUUCGGAUAAACUUUGACGCGUCCGGGUACAUCUCCGGUGCCAACAUCGAGACGUACCUGCUCGAGAAGUCCCGUGCCAUUCGCCAAGCGAAAGAUGAACGAACAUUCCACAUUUUCUACCAGCUGCUGGCCGGGGCCUCGCCCGAGCAGCGCGACAAAUUCAUCCUGGACGACAUCAAGACGUAUCCGUUCCUGUCCAAUGGUAGCCUGCCGGUGGCCGGCGUCGACGACCACAUCGAGUUCCAGGCCACGGUCAAGAGCAUGCACAUCAUGGGCAUGACCGAGGAGGACUUCAACUCGAUCUUCCGCAUCGUCAGCGCGGUGCUGCUGUUCGGUUCGAUGAAGUUCAAACAGGAACGCAGCUCCGACCAGGCCACCCUGCCGGACAACACGGUCGCACAAAAGAUCGCCCAUUUGUUGGGUCUGAGCGUCACGGAUAUGACCAAGGCCUUCUUGACGCCCCGAAUCAAGGUGGGCAGAGACUUUGUCACCAAGGCACAAACCAAGGAACAGGUCGAAUUUGCGGUGGAAGCCAUCGCGAAGGCUUGCUACGAGAAGAUGUUCAAGUGGCUGGUGAACCGAAUCAACCGAUCGCUCGAUCGAACAAAGCGUCAAGGCGCUUCGUUCAUCGGUAUCCUGGAUAUGGCUGGUUUCGAAAUCUUCGAGCUGAACUCCUUCGAACAACUGUGCAUCAACUACACGAACGAAAAGCUGCAACAGCUGUUCAACCACACGAUGUUCAUCCUGGAACAGGAAGAAUAUCAACGCGAAGGCAUCGAAUGGAAGUUCAUUGAUUUCGGACUGGAUCUGCAGCCAACGAUCGAUUUGAUUGACAAGCCAGGCGGUAUCAUGGCUCUGUUGGACGAAGAGUGCUGGUUCCCCAAGGCUACGGACAAGACAUUCGUGGAAAAGCUGGCCACCGCCCACACCAUGCACCCGAAGUUCAUGAAAACCGACUUCCGAGGAGUGGCCGAUUUCGCCGUCGUGCAUUACGCAGGAAAGGUCGACUAUUCCGCCACCAAGUGGUUGAUGAAGAAUAUGGAUCCGCUGAACGAGAACAUCGUUUCCCUUCUGCAAGGUUCGCAGGAUCCGUUCGUGGUCCAGAUCUGGAAGGAUGCCGAAAUCGUCGGAAUGGCCCAGCAGGCCCUUACCGAUACCCAGUUCGGAGCCCGCACCCGCAAGGGUAUGUUCCGUACCGUGUCCCAUCUGUACAAGGAACAGCUGGCCAAGCUGAUGGACACUCUUCGCAACACCAACCCGAACUUUGUUCGUUGUAUCAUUCCGAAUCACGAGAAACGCGCCGGCAAGAUCGAUGCUCCUCUUGUGCUGGAUCAGCUACGUUGCAAUGGUGUCCUGGAAGGUAUCCGUAUCUGUCGCCAGGGUUUCCCCAAUCGUAUUCCAUUUCAGGAAUUCCGACAGCGUUACGAACUGCUCACCCCGAACGUCAUCCCCAAAGGAUUCAUGGACGGUAAGCGGGCUUGUGAGCAGAUGAUCAAGGCCCUCGAGCUAGACAACAAUCUGUACCGUAUCGGUCAGUCGAAGAUCUUCUUCCGAGCGGGAGUGCUGGCACAUCUUGAAGAAGAGCGCGACUACAAGAUCACGGACUUGAUCGUCAACUUCCAGGCGUACUGCAGAGGAUUCCUGGCCCGCCGCAACUAUCAGAAACGCUUGCAGCAGCUGAAUGCCAUAAGAAUUAUCCAGCGAAACUGUGCUGCCUACCUCAAGCUGCGCAACUGGCAGUGGUGGAGAUUGUACACUAAGGUGAAGCCAUUGUUGGAAGUUACCAAGCAGGAGGAGAAACUGGUCCAGAAGGAAGACGAACUUCGGCAAAUUCGCGACAAGCUGGACAAUCUGUCCAGAAGCUCGCAAGAGUACGAGAAGAAGUUCCAGCAAGCGAUAGAGGAGAAGACGCAUCUGGCGGAGCAAUUACAAGCGGAGAUUGAAUUGUGUGCCGAGGCAGAAGAAGGUCGGGCUCGGUUGGCUGCUCGCAAGCAAGAACUGGAAGAGCUGAUGCAGGAUUUGGAAGCGCGCAUUGAAGAAGAAGAAGAACGUGUAAAUGCCCUGUCGAGUGAGAAGAAGAAGCUGCAGAUCAACAUUCAGGAUCUGGAGGAGCAACUCGAGGAAGAGGAAGCCGCUCGCCAGAAGCUGCAACUGGAGAAGGUACAGUUGGAUGCUAAAUUGAAGAAGAUGGAAGAGGAUGUGGCCUUAACGGAAGAUCAGAACCAGAAGCUGCUGAAGGAGAAGAAGAUCCUCGAGGAACGUGCCAACGAUUUGUCGCAGACUCUUGCCGAAGAGGAAGAGAAGGCCAAGCAUUUGGCCAAGCUGAAAGCGAAGCACGAAUCGACGAUUGCUGAACUGGAGGAACGUUUGCUGAAGGAUCAUCAACAGCGCCAGGAGUCGGACCGCUCCAAGCGAAAGAUUGAAACCGAAGUGGCGGACCUGAAGGAGCAGAUCAACGAACGUCGCAUGCAGAUCGAGGAGAUGCAACAACAGUUGAUCAAGCGCGAAGAGGAACUGGCCCAGACGCUGGUUAGAAUUGACGAGGAAUCGGCUGCGAAGGCUGCUGCCCAGAAGGCGCAACGCGAACUGGAAUCCCAACUGGCCGAGAUUCAGGAGGAUCUGGAAGCAGAAAAAUUGGCUCGUUCUAAGGCCGAAAAGCAGAAACGUGAUCUGAACGAGGAACUCGAAGCGCUGAAGAAUGAACUGCUGGACUCUCUGGAUACCACUGCUGCUCAACAAGAACUGCGCUCCAAGCGUGAACAGGAGGUGGCCACGCUGAAGAAAACCUUGGAGGACGAAUCCGCCAACCAUGAGGGCCAGGUGUCCGACAUGCGCCACAAGCAUGCCCAGGAGAUCUCUUCCAUCAACGAGCAGCUGGAGAAUCUCAAGAAGGUCAAAGGUGGCUUGGAGAAGGCGAAGCAAACGCUGGAGGCUGAAAAUGCCGAUCUGGCUACCGAACUGAGGAACGUCAACCAAUCGCGCCAGGAGAACGACCGCCGUCGCAAGCAAGCCGAAACCCAAAUUGCCGAGUUGCAGGUUAAAUUGGCCGAAGUGGAGCGGGCCCGCAUGGAACUGCAGGAUAAGGUAACGAAGUUGCAGCAAGAGUCGGAGAACAUUACCCAGCAGUUGGACGACGCCGAACUGAAGGCUUCGGCAGCAAUCAAGAGUGCCAGCAACAUGGAGAGUCAGCUGACGGAAGCGCAACAGCUGCUCGAGGAAGAAACUCGGCAGAAGUUGGCGCUGAGCUCGAAGCUGCGACAACUGGAAAGCGAAAAGGAAGCCCUUCAAGAGCAGCUGGAGGAGGACGAGGAAGCCAAGAAGAACUACGAGAAGAAGCUGGCCGAAUUGAAUUUUACCAUCCAGGAGAUGAAGAGGCGUUCCGAGGAAGAUUCCGACAUUGCCAAGGAACUGGAAGAAGCGAAGAAGAAGAUGAACAAGGACAUCGAAGUCCUGCAAAGGCAAAUCUUGGAACUGCAAGCUACCAACGAUCGGCUGGAUAAGAGCAAAAAGAAGAUCCAAUCGGAGUUGGAAGAUGCCACCAUUGAGCUGGAAACGCAGCGCACCAAGGUGCUAGAUUUGGAGAAGAAGCAGAAGAACUUCGAUAAGGUCCUCGCAGAAGAGAAGGCCGUUAGCGAGCAGCACGCCCAGGAACGCGAUGCCGCUGAGCGAGAAGCGCGUGAAAAGGAAACCAAGGUAUUGUCGCUGACGAGGGAGCUGGACGAAGCGUACGAAAAGAUCGAUGACCUGGAGACCAAACGGAAGGCACUGCAAAACGAACUGGAUGAGUUGGCUAAUACACAGGGAACAGCUGACAAGAACGUGCACGAACUAGAAAAGGCCAAGCGAGCGUUGGAGAGUCAACUGGCAGAACUGAAGGCACAGAAUGAGGAACUGGAAGAUGACCUACAGCUCACCGAAGACGCUAAGCUGCGAUUGGAGGUCAACAUGCAGGCGUUGCGGGCGCAGUUCGAACGGGACGUGCAGGCCAAGGAGGAACAAUCCGAAGAGAAGCGACGUGGUCUGGUGAAGGCUCUUCGGGAUAUGGAAGCCGAAUUGGACGAAGAACGCAAACAGCGGGCCGCUGCCGUAGCAGCCAAGAAGAAGCUCGAAGGUGACCUGAAGGACAUUGAAGCCACCUUGGAGAUGAACAACAAGGUCAAGGAAGAUGCUCUCAAGCAGGCCAAGAAGCUGCAAGCUCAGGUUAAGGAUGCCAUCCGGGACGCCGAGGAAGCUAAGGCCGCUAAGGAGGAGUUAGCGGCCGUUAGUAAGGAAGCCGAACGCAAAGCGAAAGCUCUGGAAGCAGAAGUCAUGCAAUUGUCGGAGGACUUUGCCAGCUCAGAACGAGCAAGAAGGGCAGCCGAAGCAGAACGGGACGAACUGCUGGAAGAAAUCAACUCCAACUCGAACAAGGGCUCCCUCAUGAUUGACGAGAAGCGACGGUUAGAAGCACGAAUUGCCACCCUCGAGGAAGAACUCGAAGAAGAACAGUCCAACGCCGAACUGCUGGUCGAUCGCAACCGCAAGGCACAGAUUACCAUCGAACAAAUUACCACCGAACUGCAGGCGGAGAAAUCCAACUCGCAAAAGUUCGAAAACGUCAAGACCGGCCUGGAACGGCAGAACAAGGAACUGAAGGCCAAGCUGUCCGAACUGGAAACCGCCCAACGCACCAAGGUGAAAGCUGCCAUGGCCAGUCUGGAGGCCAAGAUCGCCAACCUGGAGGAACAGCUGGAGAACGAAACCAAGGAGCGGCUCGGAGGGCAGAAGGCGAAUCGCAAGCUGGAGAAGAAGAUCAAGGAGCUGACGAUGAACAUCGAAGACGAGAGGCGGCACGCCGACCAGUACAAGGAACAGAUCGAGAAGAUGAACAACCGUAUGAAGAUCCUGAAGCGAAAUCUCGACGAAGCGGAAGAGGAAAUUCAGAAGGAGAAGACCCAGAAACGCAAGGCCCAGCGAGAGUACGAGGACAUGCUUGAGAGUCACGAGGCGCUGACGCGGGAAGUGAACUCGCUUAAAACAAAGCUGAGACGCGGCGGUCUCGGUGUGAGUUCGACCCGGCUGACGACACCGAAGCGCGAGAACGACUCCAUGGUCCAGGAUGAGUCGCUCGACGGCGAGGACAACAGCAACUGACGACUGCCGAGUACGUCUUCCAAGUAUCUUUCCAACUUUUAUUAGCCACGGAAAGGGUGAGGGAGGUAUGUAGGUGAACAAAAGAAACGAAACCGGAAGCAUGGGUGGGAGAGAAGUUUCAGGCACAAUCGCAGCAGCAAAAAAAACGAGAUUGAGAACGAAUGAGAGCGAGUGUCUUUUUUUAAACUGUGAAAAUAAAGAAAAAAAUGCGAAUGUGCGACAAAAGUUGAGCGAUGCAAAAAAAACGUGAAACUAUUGGUAGGGAAACCCAUUCAUUGUUGUAUUAAAUAUUUGGAUAAAAUCUUAUUGAAGUGGGGUCGGUUUCUGUAAGGCCUACCCUUUUUGCAUGUAUUUAGGAGAAAGUUUAUCGAAAUAGCAGACAGCGGAGGAGAAGAGAACACAGCAGUAAUGAAAAUAAGGAAACGUAUUUAGCGAAUAAGUAAUCAACAUUUUCCUAAAUCAAAACAAGCAAGUAAAACGAUUAAAACCUAAAGCAAGCAAAACGUAGACCGAUCAUUAGAAAACUUCAUAAAAAAUACCAUUUCAUAGAAUCUACCAUUAUACCGGUAAUGUAUCGAACUUACACAAGUGAAGCAAAUUCAAUCAUUAUUGGGCGAAACAUAUAAACACAAAUAGCAAACAGCAAUUCAGCAGCAGCAGCAAACGGAAGAAAACGAAUGGUGGGACAUAUUUUUUUACAAAAUCAGUAUGUUUUAUUGCUUUCAAAAUGGGAGAACAGAAGGAUACGAAUCAACAUUAACAAUUGAACCGAUGAGCAUUUAAAUACGUUUAUAUAUGUUACGAAAAUUUAUUGUUUUUAAUUAUUAUUAUUAAAAUAAUUAAUGCCUAUUUCUCUACUAUUAUUUGUCGUCGUCAUUAAGUUUUUCGCAACUUAUUUCCUCUUUUUUAUCUAUUUCAUUUUUGCGCGAUUAUGGUCAAGAUUUACUUAUAUAUUGAAACGCAACGCAACAGACAACAGACUCGUACACUCUCAGAUACGGCCAAGCACGAUACAAUUCCAUUUCUAAUAGCACACACACACAUACACAUUCACUCGUACAUACAGAACACGGUAUGUUUGAAGAGAACAUGCCUCUUUCCGGUUGAUACAGAGAAAAGAAAAUGUUUUAAAAACGACAGGAAAAACCACGCUGUAUCUGCUUAAGUAAUGUUCGCUUUUUAUAUUGAUUAACAAGAAACGUCUCUA